CUCCCCUCCGGGCUCUGCUUCUGCUACAUUCUUUGUGUCUUCAUUUCAUUAUUAUUCCUAUAUAAUCAAAUUUUAAGGCAAAGCCAAAGCCAAAGCGAAUAGAUUUUGGUUUAGAGAAGAAGCAAGAAUCAAGAAGCAGAAACAGAAACAGAAAAAAAAAAAGAGAAAAUGCCUCUAGGAGAGAGAGGAGGAUGGGAUAAGAGCGAGUCCAGGUACUGUGGGGUGGAGACCGAGUUCGAGGAUGACGUCCCUCGCCUUUUGUCUUCCAAUAUCUCCUCUGGUGGCUUUGAUUUUGUUGUGCCACCUUUGAUGGAUCCUACUUAUAGACCCAGCUUGUUGGAAGUAGACAUUGAUAGCUUUCAUGUUCUGCCAUUUGCUGGGUCGGACUUAGUUUUGACUCCUGCCCAGUGGAGCAGUCACGUUGUCGGAAAAAUCAGUUCAUGGAUUGACUUGGAUUCAGAGGAUGAGAUCCUUCAGAGGGAUUCUGAGACUACCUUGAAGCAAGAAAUAGCAUGGGCUGCUCAUCUAUCCCUACAGGCAUGCCUUCUUCCUUCUCCUAAGGGAGCAUCCUGUGCUAAUUAUGCUCGAUGUGUGAAUCAGAUUGUGCAGGGCCUAAGCAAUAUGCAGCUGUGGCUAAGGAUUCCACUGUUAAAAAGUGAUGAUGAUUCACUGGAUGUUGAUUCUGAUCAUUGGAUGGAUUCUUGGGAACUUUGGAAUUCAUUUCGACUAAUCUGUGAACACCGUAGUCAACUGUGUCUUGUCCUUGAUAUUCUGAGUACACUACCUUCUGCAAACUCAAUUGGACGGUGGUUUGGAGAGCCUGUUAGAGCAGCCAUAAUACAUACUGACUCUUUCCUGAAAAAUGCACGAGGUUACCCAUGCCUAUCAAAGCGCCAUCAGAAGCUAAUUACUGGAUUUUUUAACCAUUCUGUACAGAUGGUUAUUUCUGGAAAACCUGUGCAUGGUAUUCCUGGAGCAACUACAGGCGCAGCUGCUAAUCAUAUUGAUAACAAUGUGAACAGUAUGCAAAGACAUCCUCUCAGGUCAUAUUUGGAUUAUGUCGGUUAUCUUUAUCAAAGGAUGGAACCACUCUCCGAGCAAGAUCGUAUUGAGCUUGGUUAUAGGGAUUUUUUACAGGCUCCAUUGCAACCUCUGAUGGAUAAUCUGGAGGCUCAGACCUAUGAAACGUUUGAGAAAGACUCGGUGAAAUAUAUACAGUAUCAAAGGGCAAUCUGUAAAGCAUUACUGGACAGGGUCCCUGAUGGGGAAGCAUCAACAUUAACCACUGUGUUGAUGGUUGUGGGAGCAGGACGAGGACCCCUUGUGAGGGCAUCAUUACAGGCAGCUGAGGAAACUGGACGCAAGCUUAAAGUUUAUGCUGUGGAAAAAAAUCCAAAUGCUGUGGUCACGCUUCAUAGUUUGGUUAAACUGGAAGGGUGGGAAAAUGUUGUUACCAUAGUGUCUUGUGAUAUGCGUCUUUGGAAUGCUCCUGAAAAAGCUGACAUCCUGGUCAGUGAAUUGCUGGGAUCUUUUGGUGAUAAUGAGCUGUCUCCUGAGUGUCUUGAUGGAGCCCAACGGUUUUUGAAGCAAGAUGGAAUCUCAAUACCCUCAUCGUACACAAGUUUCAUCCAACCAAUCACUGCUUCGAAGCUAUAUAAUGAUGUGAAGUCACAUAAAGAUAUUGUCCACUUUGAAACUGCUUAUGUCGUCAAAAUGCACAGUAUUGCCAAGCUUGCUCCUUCAAAACCUGUAUUUACAUUUAAUCAUCCAGAUUACUCAACUAAGAAAAGCAAUCAACGUUACAAAAAGCUUCAGUUUGUAAUACCACGAGACACUGGAUCAGCCAUUGUACAUGGAUUUGCUGGCUACUUUGAUGCAACACUCUACAAAGAUGUACAUCUUGGUAUUGAACCAUCAAUGGCCACGCCAAACAUGUUCAGCUGGUUUGCAAUAUUUUUCCCACUAAGGAAACCAAUAUGCGCACAGCCUGGUUCCCCGCUAGAAGUACAUUUUUGGCGUUGUUGUGGUUCUACCAAGGUUUGGUAUGAAUGGUGUGUGACGUCUCCUUGCCCAUCGCCUAUUCACAACAGCAAUGGUCGGUCGUACUGGGUGGGCCUUUAGAGGGAGCUCGCUUCCAGUUGGGUGGAGGGAAGAUGUAUCGCUUCAUAACAUGUCAAAGUAGCAGAGGCAUGAUCUUGGAAACCUAAGAGAGAAAAAAAGGCUAUGUUUUCCAGCCUCGAGUAGAUGUGAAUGCACAACAGUUAUCAGUGUCCUGGGGGAGUUACAUGGUGUAAUGGUGCUUGUGAUGUCAUUUUCAGAGUACAAUGGAAUGACGUUUGGCCAUUUAAGAUGAUUAAAAGAAAUUAUCAGUGUCCUGAAGUGGAUGGAAUGACGUUAGGCCAUUUUCUGAAUACAGCAGACAGUUAUCAGUG